UGAGGGUGUGCUGAGCUUGGGGAUGAGGUGCCCACGGUUCCCAGUCAUCCCUGCCACGAAGCCCGAGCAGCUGGGCGAGGGUGUGCUGAGCUUGGGGAUGAGGUACCCCGCAAGGCGUUAACAAUAGCAGGCUCGCUCUACCAGCUUCGUCGGAGGAGGGGGCACAGGAGCCCCUCAUGAGCUGCUGAGUCACCCGGUGCUCUCUCUCAGCCUAACUCUCUUCUUCUCUUUCCCCCGUGUCCGUCUGUCUCUCCCGGCUGUCUGUCUCACUCUCUCCCUCCCCGCCUGGGGCUGCAGAACCGCAUGCACGAGUCUCUCAUGCUCUUUGACUCCAUCUGCAACAACAAGUUCUUCAUCGACACCUCCAUCAUUCUCUUCCUCAACAAGAAGGAUCUCUUUGGCGAGAAGAUCAAGAAGUCACCUUUGACCAUCUGCUUCCCUGAAUACACAGGCCCCAAUACCUAUGAAGAUGCAGCCGCCUACAUCCAAGCACAAUUUGAAAGCAAAAACCGCUCACCCAACAAAGAAAUUUAUUGUCACAUGACUUGUGCCACAGACACGAAUAAUAUCCAGGUGGUAUUCGACGCCGUCACCGACAUCAUCAUUGCCAACAACCUCCGGGGCUGCGGCUUGUACUGACCUCUUGUCCUGUAGAGCAACCUAUUUGGUAAUGAUUCCAGCACUCAGAAAAGCUUGCACACGCGCGCACACAAACACACCACUAACAAAUCCAAGUUGGUAAAUAAACUUUA